AUGGAUUCAGCAAAGAAAAGCGGUGGCGUAAAACGUAAACAUCGUGCGUUGUCGAUUGCAGAGAAAGUGGAAGUGCUUAAAAAACUUGAUAGCGGCGUGUCUGUGCGAACCAUUUGUGAAACAUACAGCAUCGGCUCUUCAACAGUGUACGAUAUUAAAAAACAGAAAGAAAAACUGUUAAAGUUCUUUUCUGACAGUGGAUCAAAAAGGAAAAUGUUUGUAAGGAAGUCAAUGUCGGAGGGAAAAAGUGCGGAACUAGACCAAGUUCUCAUAACCUGGUUUAAACUUCGUGUAAGUGAAGGUGUGGAAAUUUCUGGUGAUUUAUUAAAGGAACAAGCCAAAGUGUUUCAUGAAGAGCUGGGAUUGCAACACAAGUGUGACUAUACAGAAGGUUGGCUGCAACGUUUCAAGUCGCGACAUGGCUUACAGUUUCGUGCAGUAUGUGGUGAUAAACGUUCAGCAGACAAGGAUGCAGCUAGUGCCUAUGUGGAUGAAUUUGCAAAGUUAGUUAGUGAUGGACAUUUAAGUCCUGAACAAGUGUACAAUGCUGACGAAACUGCCUUAUUUUGGAGAUGUACGCCAAAAAGAACUGACAACUGA